AUGUUACGGGACUCUUCCAAGAUCCGGGUCUUCUCAACCUUGUCGCCAGCAGGUUGUCGCUCUUGGUCAGCUCAAGGUCACUUCGGCUGGUUAAAUAUACACAGCUAUACGGAGUCCUGGGCGAACAGAUACAUCGACAGCUGCAUGACCGGCCAACUUGGCCGUCUACGAGAGAGCAGCCAGCUCGUUAUCCUGCUCCGGCCAGAACUUGCUGGCUGGGAUGCUUCCUUGCUUCGCGGUUUCAUCGCCGCGACCCGAGCAUCGCUGGACACAACGACGAGACGGGCUGGCGAGAUCCUCAUCCUUCGCUUGUCGGGCCAGGAGGAGCAGAGGCCGCUUUGGACGCAGCCAUGGAGGCCAUUGCAUCGUCGACGUGCCGCAUGGGGAGAGCUUACUGGCGCCGUUUUGACGGACAAGGGGCUGCCUCCCUGGCUCAUGGAUGCGCAGUACAGAUGCCGCGAGAUACCAGCAGGGAGAUACAUAGACAAGCAUGUAACUACUAACUAUAACUAUGCAUGCAUGUGUGUAACUCGGCAUUAA